AGAGCUGACAUAGGAAUCUCUGCCCUAACCAUCACCCCUGAGAGGGAGAAUGUGGUGGACUUCACAACGCGUUACAUGGACUACUCGGUGGGCGUGCUGCUUCGAAAGGCGGAGAAGACAGUGGAUAUGUUUGCCUGCUUGGCACCAUUUGACCUCUCCCUGUGGGCAUGCAUAGCUGGCACUGUGCUCUUAGUAGGGCUGCUGGUCUACCUCUUGAACUGGCUCAACCCUCCACGGCUUCAGAUGGGAUCCAUGACUUCCACAACCCUCUAUAACUCCAUGUGGUUUGUGUACGGAUCCUUUGUGCAACAAGGAGGGGAGGUUCCAUACACAACUCUGGCAACCCGACUGAUGAUGGGAGCUUGGUGGCUUUUUGCUUUGAUUGUCAUCUCCUCCUACACGGCAAACCUAGCAGCUUUCCUCACCAUCACACGCAUUGAGAACUCCAUCCAGUAA